ACGUGCGUGCGUGUGUUGAUGUGUUAUCGCAGUGCUGUCGUUUGUUACGUUGGGACAGGCUCAUUGAAUGGUGUGAAUUCACUAGAGUGACAGACUAUAUUAAGGCUUUUAGAGGUACGCUUCAAAGUGUGGAGAUAGAAUCUGAGAAAACAGGUCAUUGGCAGGUAUUUAAGAUAGUCAGCUCUUAGCAACAGAGAAUAAAAACCACCGAAAGGAAAAAAAAAUUAGGCCAGAUUGAAAUCUGCUAUUACGUAUUGUCAUUCGAUUAUCUAAUCUAAUCCUAGAGAGAGAGGGAGGUGACAGAAACACAGAGAGGGACGAGGACCGGAAAUUUCCAAACUUAGAAUAUCAGCCGUCAUCUCGUUGUGUAAAGUUGACCGGAGCUUGAACCAGUAAGGGUAAGGCUUGACGAUAAUCUUUGAAUCAAAACACCCGCACCUACCUGGUUGUACACUUUGGUCACAUGACCCUCUUUCAGGUGUUAACGUUCAGACGAACAGGAUUUACCUGAGAGACCCUCCCGCUACCACCGUGCCCCCGAGAUCUAGGAUUUUAAUUCAUUUAAAAAAAAGCGGACCUUUUCUCAGUGACAUUGUGUCUGUGCCCAUUACGUUGUUGUUUGAUUCAGUGCCAUCAAUAUUCCCAGGGAUCGUUUAUUGAAUCACGUACCGAGCUGGCAACAAGCUUUUUUAGCUCGGAGGUUUAACUCAAGUCUGGAGUGAAGAUCGAAGCAUUGACCUUCAGUGUUUAAAUCGUCUGUUGACAAACAGUUUAACCAACGGUUUAACCAAGCUGUAAACACCUAACGACGUUUCUGUGUCUGAUUCAGUACUUGGGAUAAAUUGUUAUUUUGGAUAUUGUGGUCUACCAAAGGCUCGACACGAUUUCGAGAUAUUGUGUUUGAAAGGAUUGUUUGAUCAAGUCAUAACAAACACCUAUUCACAGUUAUUUAUAACUCUAAUCAAAGGGAAGAUAAAGUUUUCUGUGUAAAGCAGUCUACUUCACAAUUACCAGCAUGACAUCAUUGGCAGUUUCCAAGCAAGUCAUUGUUGACUUUUUCGUCUUCCUUUCACUAUGUGUCCCAGUUUUAAUUGUACACAUCAUGGCCGAGCCGGUCAACGUUGGCUUUUUCUGCAAGGACGAGUCACUGACCCUGCCAUACAAACCAGACACUGUCUCUCAGGCUUUGCUUCUUAUAGUCAGUGUCGGAUCUCCAUUCGUGGUGAUAGCUGUCACUGAAGGUUUUCGGGCAGCUGCCAAGACACGACAGCCCCAGCGUGUGAGGACCGCCAUGUUUAUUUACGCCAAAGCUUUUGGUCUCUUCUUGUUUGGAUUGGUCAUUAACUGCAUUUUCACGGACACCAUCAAAUAUUCCUUUGGCCGGCUGCGGCCACACUUCCUUGACCUUUGCAAGCCAGACUUUACCAAGUUUAACUGUACAGAUGAAUACGGAGUCGCUAAAUAUAUUCAAGACUAUGAAUGUACUAACACAUUAGCAGAUGAGAAGUUAAUUAAGGACAGUCACAUGUCAUUCCCAUCAGGCCAUGCGUCAGUCUCAGUUUACAGCGCCAUAUUUGUUGUGUUGUACCUUCAACUCAGAAUGAACAUCACUGUCUCACAUUUCCUGCGCCCUGCCUUGCAAGUCGGCUUCCUGCUCAUGGCCACCCUAUGCUGCAUCACCAGGGUGACAGACCACAAGCAUUUCUCCACAGAUGUCAUCGCUGGAAGCUUGCUGGGCGCCACCACAGCUGGUCUCCUGUUCUUUAAAAUUGGCUGGAGGCUGAUCCCAGGAGCUUUAACUAGUAGCCCACCGCGAUUGCCAAGGGCGACGUCCAUAGAAUCUGAGCCACAGACCCCAACACCGCUGUUAAGGCCAGAACGGUUGGUCAUCAACAACAUCUAUAAGAACGGUAACGUGCAAGGACUGAAGGAUGGAUUUCUAAACAAAGUCUGAAAAAAGUUGUUGACAUUUAGUUGAAAUCGUAAACUUCUACCUAAUUCUUAUCACAAGAGCUUGUUUUACAAGUGACCUGUGCAAUACAACUACUGGAUACCAGUUUGUACCAAGUAUUCCCUGUAGUUUAUACAGAGAACAGUGGUGUUUGUGAUUUGGGCAGUGCAAGACUGAUUUUGGCCAACUGAAAGUCCACACCAGAGUUCUGAAAACUGUUGGCUUGGGUCUAUGUUAACUUAUUAACUCCACAAAUGGACAAUUUUGUUUUGUUAUUUUAACAACUUCCGUUUUGUAUUUUGAGAAGUUAUCAUUUUAACUUGUAUGCAAUUUAUUAUUAUAUGUAGUUUGAAUGAGCACCUUCGUUCACAGCCCCCCCCCCCCCCACCUACGCACACACACACUCACACAAGCUGAGGCUAUUUUACCAAUUUUUAAGUGAAUGUAUUUAACUAUAUUAAGAUACUGUAUCUUAUAAACCUGGUUAAAGAAAUUCUUAUUGUCCUGUGUUUGAUUGAAAUAGAAAUUUUGUUAGUUUUGUAGGCAAAAAAAAACAACAACAAAGCAAAACAAAUGUAUCAUGUUUUUUGUAUUUUUGUUAUUUGGAUAUUUUUCUUGAUCUAAAAAUUUUGUCUGUUUCUGUGCUGUUGCAUUACUUUAAUUAUUGGGCGCUUAAUUGAAAAUCUAAUAUUAUUUUUAUCCAGGAAAUAUUGAAAAUACAUGAAUUAAAGGUUAUUUUAUUGAGGGCUACAUACACAUUUGAUUGUGGGGCAUGGGAAUAGUGGCUGUGUUUUGCUUAGAACUCGGAAAGGGAGAUCAAAUAGUACUAUUGGUCUCUAUUCCAAAAUUGAUACCUGAAGGAAACACCAAGCUGUCCCAAUGUCAAUUAACAUUAAAAAGUAAUACAACAUGUAAUCAAGUUUUUGUUUUAGCACAUCAACUCCCACAACUAAAAACACAAACGCUGUUCCGAGACUAAACAGCACGCAUCCAAGUCCAGUAAAUGACUUGUCCCAGCUAAUCCCUCACUGUUUGCUUUGAAUACAGCAACCAAUGUGUUACGUAGAGACUAAGUUCAUCACCUGUGUAGUAGUGAAUAAAUUAUGUCCACACACUUCAAGCAUUCCUGUGUAAAUAAUGUAUUAUAUAUGACCGUCCAGCGGUGUUAGACUAGUAGCUCUAUACCACUAUUGUUGUAACACACCUAGAUCAAGAUAGUAGAAUAUUAAAUUAAAAAAUUAUUAAGAUAAAUGAAAUGCAAAUAAAAACAUUUAUUUCAUAUCGUCA